AUGGCAUCCUCUUCUUUAAAACCCCGAGAUCGGAAUCGGAAACGGUUCCGCACCGAGUACCACCAAAUUGAUUUAAAUACCUCAACACCUGAACCAUGGUUUGCAAAGUUUCUCGUUGUCCACUCGAAUGAUGACACAAGACCACUCUCAAAGGUGUCUCCUUUUGUAAUAGCGAAAGCACUUGAACAGCUGAUAGGUAAAGAAUACAAUGCCAAGAAACUGGGCUCUGGAGAUAUCCAGGUCCAUGUUGAAAAGCGAGAGCAAAGCAGUGCGCUUCUUUCACUGACAAGCAUCAAUGGUACAUCUGUCACAGUAAGUUCUCACCGGAGUCUCAACAUUGUUAAAGGAGUAAUUUCUGAGAGCGACCUUCUUGACUGUUCGGAAUCGGAACUUCAAGAAGGCCUACAACAGCACGGUGUGGUAGCCGUAAAGCGAAUAGUCAUGCGUAGGGAUGGGAAAGAAAUCCCAACAAAGCACAUAAUCCUUUCUUUCAAGCUCCACAAGCUGCCAGAAACAAUCAAAGCCGGUUACCUCAGUUGCAAUGUGAGGGCUUACAUCCCAAAUCCGAGUCGCUGUUACAAGUGCCAGCGGUUUGGCCACGGUUCUCAGGUAUGCCGUGGGCAGCCCGUCUGUGCUAAGUGUUCCGGCAAAGACCAUUCCUCAGAGUCGUGCAGCAAUGACUUUGAGUGUGCCAAUUGCAAAGAGGAGGUUGUUGCAUCCCCUUCCGUUUGGGACGGGAUUGCCAUGGGCCUGUCUCAAAACACGAGUCAAAGCAUGGAUCUCGAUGACGACGACUGCUGCUCUCAGAAGUCGUCUUCGAGUCUACCAAGUCUUUCCAUGGGCAAGGAACAGAGAGGGAAAAAAGCUGGCCGAGGACGAGGAGGAAAAGCCAAGGAACAACAACAAAGGGUUCCUCCACCGAGAAUACAAGCUCCUUAA